GCCGCGUGUUACUGUCAGCUCUCGGAGAACGAAGGGCCGUCGUUCAUUAAUUGGUCAGAGAGAGCCGUAUAUUUCGCGAGAAUUUAUAUUCAUCGAUUAUUAUUUUUUAAAACGACGCAUCGAAUAUAGUUUGUCAUGUGCAUGUCCCGUUUUUACGAAUCCUCGCGCUCGAUCCAAAGUGAAGUGCAAAGAAACGAGACGAGCGAAGUUGCGAAUUUCGCUUCUCGGAAUGUCCGAUCCUCGUUAAAAAUUCACUCCAAACUGCUCACUCGGUGAGAACUGGUGCCGUGUAUUCUCGUCGCAUUCCCGUGCCGUCGAGGGUUGACGGGACGAAGAGGCGCGAGGGAACGACGACCGGACGUCGACGACGACGACGACGACGACAUCGAGGACGAGUCGACGUUCGGGGUUUAGGGACAGGACGUACAACGAACCCCGGCAAAUGUGGCUCUGUGCACGGUGAGCCGGGGUUACGGGGCCCGCGGGGCCCGUGUCGGUGGUGCUGGUGUUGGUGGCGGUGGCGGUGGAGUCACGACGGCAAGGUUGGCGCGGGGGGAGGCGAACGCGCGACUGCCCUUGAGCCCUCGCAAUUUGUGCGCUUCCGGGGCCGCUGGUUCCCGCGGCCCCGGGGUGCACGGCGCGACCCUGGCUGCCACCGGCGGCGGUGUCACGGUCACGGAGGACACCGGAGGCCUGCCGGACGAGCCGAUGGUCCACGUGGAGAGAUCGGCGCACCACCAGGGCACAUGGAUAUGCUGCGCGCCCUGUUACUGGCUGAGGAGGAGCAAGGCCGUGCACAAGGCGCUCCUCACCUUCGCCAUGCUGCUGGUCACCAGUCUCCUGGUCACCAGUCCGGUGCUCUUCCUCAUCACGACCUUGCCGGAGGGAGAGCAGCCGCGUAAUUGUGCACCGUUGGAUGAAGCUUGCAUCAGAGAACGAGAUGGGCCUGAUGGCGUUUGCAGUACCGAUGCUUGUGUGGAAGCUUCAAAGAGAAUCUUAGCAUCCAUGAAACGAGGCGUGGAUCCUUGCAAGGAUUUUUAUAAAUUUGCUUGCGGCAGCUUUCGCGAUCGACGACCCUAUCAACCGAGCGCAAGUUUCAAUAUGCUUCAAGCGCAGACUGACGAACAUAUACACAAAACGUUGACAAACGAGACAGGACAAAUGGUCGCCGCCUUCGAAAAGCUUGGACAAUUUUAUAACGUUUGUCGAAAAUUCAGGGAGAAACCUGUAAAUUUUACACUCGUUUAUAAGCUUAUAGACGAACUAGGUGGUUAUUUAUCGCCAAAAAGCGCGAUACCAAACGAUAUCACUUCGCUGAUCUCCGCGUUGCUAAAAGUAAACGGCGCGCCUCUUUUAGACUUACACGUCGACGUAGAUCUUUACGAUCGCACAAAGUCAUCCGUAUAUCUUGAUCUCCCUACCAAGCAUCAAAGUCACGAGUUUCUUACAGAAGAUCAGAAAAUCGAAGAUGUACAAAGGUCAGGUAAAAUUCAAGAGAUUGUUCGGGGAUUCUUGCCAAAAAAUAUGAGUCUUAAAGAACAAUCGUCGGAGACAAAUCUGCUGUUGCAAUUUUGUUUAUCACUAAAAAAAAUUUAUCCAAAGCACAAAGACUUGUACAACUGGGUGGAUGUUGAUCAAAGAGUGUACGUUGCCUAUAACGUGUCUUAUCUUCAAGAAAACUUUAGUUACAUAAGAUGGAAAUCGUUGCUGAAUACAACGUUACGCCAGCGUAUUACUUCGCACGAUGAUAAUAACGACACGAAUUACAUAUAUGUACCGCCAGCAUCUCAGGAUCAGCAGAUCUAUGUCUAUGUUACGGCGCCACAUUACUUGCAUAAUCUCGGCAAAUUAUUCAAUCGUUCUUCUAAACGGAUUAUUCAUAACGGAUUGCUGUUACUCUACAUCGUGGAUACGUUGCACGAUAUCGUAAAUGUUAACGCUAUUAAAGAUUGGGAGGCUUCCUGCUACCGAUUAACCAAAAGCGUCUUUAGCGAAGCGAUCAGUGUACUUUACGUGCGACAAUACGCGCCAAAAUAUUUGAAGACUUUAGUUAACAGGGUGACUGUAUUAUUCGAACGCGUGAAAGAAACGAUAGCCGAACGUAUAUUAGUGAAAUCGUGGCUUAACGAUGAGACUAGGGCACAGGCGUUGUUAAAACUGAAUUCUUUACAAGGUCGAUUUCAAGUAUCGCCUGUUUUCUACAAUGAUACCUUGCUGAAUCGUGAGAUGGCCGAGGUCAUGAUUGAUUCGGAUGAUUUUAUUGCUACCGUCCUAAGAAGAUUUCGUCAAAUUCGGAAAUCAGAGGAGCAAAGUCCGUUACGAAAAAAUGCGAUAGAAAGGCAUCAUUAUCCUUACUCUGUGCAUGCCUAUUAUGAAUCUUCAACAAAUACGAUCAGAAUACCAUUAGUUAUGAUGACAUCCUGGACAUGGUCAUGGGAUGGUGGACCUGCUUAUGCGGUUCAUGCUACGUUAGGAUCAGUUAUCGCUCAUGAAAUUCUUCAUGCCUUUGAUUUUCACCGUCGUAAAUCGCUCAUAGAUCCUGAUUUAAAUAUUGACGAAUGGCUUUGGAUUACACCGGAUUCUUGGAAGCGAUUGGAAACUAGAAUAGAAUGUGUUGUGAGAUUCCAUGCCAGAAGUUUCUGGCGUAAAGUUCAAUCUUAUGGAAGUGAUGUUGCUGUACAGUUCGAUUGGAAUAUGACGAGAAACGAAAUUGUUGCGGAUAUCGGGGCUCUACAAAUUUCUCAUAGGACUUGGCAUACUUUGACGAACGGAAAAGACCGAAGUCUCCCUGGACUAGAAGGGCUUCGUCCAAGUCAACUUUUUUUUAUAAGUGCCGCUCAGAUACACUGUGUUAACAUGACUGCCGAGGCCUAUGUUUCCUCCAUUGAAUCCAACUAUCGCUUACCUCCAGAGAGACUUAACGGUAUACUGAUGAAUUCUCAAGCGUUUGCGGAAGCAUUUCGCUGUCCAUUUGGAACAAAAAUGAACCCUCCUAAUAAAUGCACUGUCUGGUGAUAAUUAAACACAUAUUCGUCGAUAUUGGAGAAGUACGAUCAGAUAACAACCUUAUUGAGUGUGCACGACUAAUACAUUCCAGAAGGAGAUUGAAGAAUAAUGCGUGUCGUUUAGAACAACUUAAUUAUAAUGGGUAUCGCAUGGGCCAUGGCAAGGCAACGCGUAGUUAUUUUAUUUCUUCAAAAAAGGAAAAUGCAACGAGAAAUAAGUGGACAACAGACAUAGGAUUUAAUUAUUCUUAAUAAUGAUCGCAGGAUAUAUGUACAGCGAUUCGACUUACGCAAAUAAAAGUGCUGCGAGGAUGAUAAUAAUGAUCUAAUCACUCUUGGAAGUAUUUGUACGAG